AUGUGUCCAGAACCAGGAACUGCGGUGACUAUUCCACGUAUUGCGCAUACCGAACCAUCGUUUAUCGAAGAGAGUUGUUUCUCGUGCCCACUUCAGAGUGACGUGAGCAGAGAGAUGGAGGAAAUGGGAUUGAUUGGGAAAAGUCUGAGUACUUUUGGUGCAGCUCGCCUUCCCGGAUGGGGUCCGCGUGAAACACUAUAUUAUCCUCAAAUGUCUGACAACACUACUGCGGUCACUACCGGCCACACAGGGGAUUCUGAAUCCAUUUCAGAACGGAAGGGGAUCCCGAAAGCCGUAUUCAUGGAAGACGUGGAUGCAUACAUGAAAGCUAACAAUUUCUCCACCCUGAUGGAAGCUGGCCGGUCGUUCGAAGAGCUAUAUCAAAAAUACAAACUGAUAGAACAAGCUUUGCUUCAGAGGAAGCUUCGUCUGAUGCAGCAGUUACCGGAUAUUCAGAAAACACUGGCUGUGGUUCACCAGUUGCAAAAGAAGGAUUCAGAUCUGGACGUGACUUUCGAAGUAUCUAGUCAAUUGUUUGCCCGAGCCCACAUCCCCAAAGCUGAUCGAGUUGGUCUAUGGCUCGGUGCCAAUGUUAUGCUGGAAUAUGACUUGGAAGAGGCUGACAAGAUACUUGUAGAAAACGAACAAUCGGCCAAACAGUCUUUGCAAGAUGUGGAUCAAACUUUAGAGUUUCUGAAGGAGCAAACUACCACAGUCGAAGUCAAUUUGGCGCGAAUACACAAUUUAUCUGUAAAGCGCGGCCGGCUAAAUAAAGCCGGAGCAGUGAGCACGUGA